CCAGAAACGUUUUUAACACAUUAGAGGCCCUUCAUAUUCACUUUUCAUAUCCGACUAAUAAUAAAAAAUUAAUCGAUAUUCAAAAUAAGUUGGGUGUUAAAAAAAAGUCAAUUACAAGGUUAAGCAACACCAGGUGGAAUUGCCGUUAUAGAAAUUGUGAAGCUGUAAUGUCCAGUUUUAAAGCAAUAGUAGAUACAUUAAUAAAUGAGAUUGAAAAUGAAUCUGAUAAAGAUGUAAAUGAAGCAAUAGGAAUUUUAACCAAUAUGAGGAAAGGACAAUUUGUUGUAUAUUUGUUUCUUUUACAUAAAUUUUUAACAAUAAUUAAUAUUUUAACAUGCAAAUUGCAAGAAAAAUCUUCAACUCUUGGAAAUUCAGCAAUUAUUAUUAAAUCUAUAAUCAAAUCCUUAGAGGAUUAUAAGACCAGUGAAUGUUUUGCUGAAAUUUGGUCGGAUAUAAAUAAAUUUGCAAAAGUCAAUAAUAUAUCUAUAGAAAACCCAUUCCAAGGAAAUAAAAGAAAUAGGAAAGAACCAAAUGAUCUUAAAAAUUUCAUUGUCACUGCUAGCACUAGUGCACAGUACACAGAACCUACACAAAGUAAUGUACAGACAACUGAAGAUUUCUACAGAAUAAAUGCGUACUAUGUGAUUCUUGACACACUAGUUACAAAGCUAAAAGAAAGAUUUUCGAAUGAUAGUUUACAAAUGGGCAUAUCUGUUGAUAAUUUUUUUCAACUAAAAUUUGAAGAAAGUCAAUUUUUUAUUGAUCAUUAUCAAGUAAAUCUUCAGUUUUUAGUUUUAUGAUAAAAGUCAUUAGUACAUUUUAUCUGUUUUCAGGGAUUAUUGGAUUUAUCGAAAUUCAAUAUUCAGUCAGAGAUGACCGUAGCAAAAAACAGCAUUUUGCAAUCAGGAAAUGAAAUAAAUUAUAAUACAAUAAAACAAAAUAUUUCUAAAAGUGUGUUUCCCAACUUAUACAAACUUCUACAGGUAGCCAUAACUAUACCAAUCAGCUCGGCUACAUGUGAGCGAAGCUUUUCUGCAAUGCGCAAAGUCAAGACAUGGCUACGCACAAGUAUGCUGCAAGAA